AUGACGGACGAUACCAGCACCCUCCACUUUCUGGAUAAUAGUCACAAGCGACUCUGCCAAGUUCGAAACCUUUGUGUGGGGUACUCAUCCAAAUCUGGGCCGUUCAUCACCGGUGAUGUAGACGAAGCUGAACAAAGAAACACAUCGCGUACAAGCAUAGACGAGGACGAAACCGACCUGAUAACGGAUAAGAUUCAGGCAGACUGCCCUGAAUGUUUUGCUUGUCUGCGAAAUGUCUUCCCUCACUUGGAUGGUACGGCAGUAAACGAGAAUGGAUGGAGCUACAUGGCUAUUGCUACUUAUUCCGGUUCCUUGAAGAUGAUCAAGUACCUCGGUGCCUUGGAUACUCCGAAUGGGUCCUGCAUCCCACUUCUGACUCUAAACGCGCACAUCUUUGGAAAGGGAACGGCUCUCAUGAUGAUUGCACAGAACGAGAACCGCAACGUCGACCAAAGAAAAGUACAGCUUUGCACCUUCCUUACGCCCGAGUUAGGAGACGAGUUUGAGAAGCUCGGGCUGCCUCUUUAUGAUGUCCGCACUCCGCAGCACUGA